AUGCUGCAGCGCUUCUCGAACGUGUCAGAGCAGCAGAACGCACGGGGGAUGUCUCCGCCGCAUCUCGCCUCAACGCCGCCGCCCUCUCCCCCUCGCGCAUUCGAUGACACCGGGGACGCGGAGCGUGCGAUGCACGUGUCACCGGCACAACACGGCGGUGGCGCUGCCGUAUCGCUGGAGCGCGUCCCCGUAUCCGUGCCGCCUGUAUGCGCCUCGAACAAGACAGCAGGCGCGCCCAGCCCUGCACGGGCGUCGGCGUCAAGCCAGUCCGUCCGAACCUUUUCUCCAGCCUUGCUGUCCCAGCUACUUCUGGCGGAAGCAGCGCGCGCCGAAGCCGCAGCAGCGGCGGUGGCACAGCAACAAUGUAACGGCAGCGUUGAGGAUGGCAGCUACGCAAGCGCGGCGCCGUUCUAUGCGCCGAGACCCGUGCAGGAUUCGCAGCUGCCGCCACGGAUGACUACCACGCAGACAACUCGAUUAUUCCGUCACCAUCGUGACUCGGGCGCGGCAUCCCUGCAUGAGCCGCGGCCAGUAUCACCAUCGUCUGUAGCAGCGUCUCCGUCGCGGCUGCCCAUGGACUACCUCACCGUGUCCAUCGGUGUUGUGCCCCUUCCAGACUCGGAGAUGCCGCACGGGAGUGCCGCCCCGCGCAAGAGGAGUCGGUGGUGGCCCUGGAGUCUCACCGCCCCAACGGUAACCCCAAAUGCCGAAACCGGCGUCGUCGGUGAAGCAGCCGGCGAUACGGCUAGCCGCAUCACAAGGGCCGAUGGUAAUGCGGCGGAGGCGAGCUGGCUCACCGUCCAUGGAAAUCCGACGGUCUCUGUGCACCAGCUGCACCCGCUACGUCUCUACACAAGUGGCCGGCAGCACACGGCCGGCACCACAGCCGGCCGCAGCUCCACUUCGCCCACCCUCAAGCAGUUCACUGGCGUGACAGCGACGGUGGUGGCCGACAAUGUCGUCUCGAUCGAGCCCAGCCGCCGCACCAUGGAUGUGCUGGGGUGGUCCGGCGUGUUCGCGGAUGUGCCACUCGCCCUCCCUGGUGCGCGAUUAACGAACCGCCCGGGGGCAACGGGUGUUGUCAUGAAAGGGAGCAAAGGCGUCCACGCUCGCGGUGGUGACCGUGACGGUAGCUCGCAGUCGGAGGCACUGUUUUGCAGCGGUGCCGCCUCCAUCUCCGUCAUUCUGGCGUGA